UCCAGAUCCAGAGCUCUCUGCACUGGGCUGCACUGCCUGAACUGGUAGAGAACCCAUAUUGACAGCAUCUACUCAGGGAGCCCAGAGCCCUGCGUGACUAACAGAACAGAUGGACCUCGAAGCUACUGAUUCCAUUGCAGAUGAUCAGCAAAUCUUCUGGUCCCAAGGCCUCUUCUCGAAGGCAAAGAUGCGAUUAAGCCCUGGGAUGCAGCGAAUGUUCCACAGAGCCCUGAUCCUCCUGUCCUUGAUCUUGGUCAUAUGCCUUGUGAUUGUAGCUGCCCAAUGUUUUCAGGCAAAAAAGAGUAUGAGCCUGGAAAUCAAGACCCUGAAGAACUCUUUGGAGAAGAUCAAUGCCACCUACAAUGUCCUGAGACAGCAGCAUCGGAGUCUCAUGAAGACAGUCUCCAAGAACUGGAAAGCUUACAAUGGGAGUCUCUACUACUUCUCCUGUGAUAUCAAAACCUGGGAGGAGGCUGAGAAAUUCUGUAUAUCCCAGGAUUCCCACCUGGCAUCUGUGACUUCUGUGGGAGAACAGGAAUUUCUCUACAAGACAUUGAAGGGAGAGAGACAUUGGAUUGGGCUGAAUGACAGACACACAGAAGACACCUGGACCUGGGUGGAUGGAACCAUUUAUGAUGCAGCCCAGAGCAAAGGAUUCUGGAUUCCAGGACAACCCACCAACUACCAGGGUAACGAGAACUGUGUGGAAAUGAAGAUGGAGGCUCUCACUUCCUGGAAUGAUGAGAACUGCGAAUUAAAAUACAAAUUCAUCUGUAAGAGUCCUCUAGGGCUGUCAAACCUGGACUUCUAUGAACGUAUCUCCCAGCUUGAAAGAGAGCUCUAAGGACUCCAGUUCCACACAUAGAACCUCUUCUGAGAUCCAGCCUCAUGAGGCACUCCCAGGUUUUCACCCUAUGAGGCUGCUGUCAGUCAGUCUUGGGAAGCUGCAAGGAUUUCAGAGCUUAGAACGGGACUCAGACCCAAGAGGACUUUUGCCACCAAUCCUAAGGCUUGUCCAUUCUCAGUCCUUCAACCUCCCACCCUCAGUCAUAAACUCACUGGAGGUCAGAGUUGUAAAAGACCUCAAAGAUCAAGUCCUCUACAAAACUCCCUCAUCAUCUCCAUCUCAUAGAAUCCCUAGCAUUCCUUCAAAGCACAGCUGGCCUCACACCUGCUCUUUGAAACCUUUCCUGAUCCUCUAAUGCUAGCAUUCUCUUCCUCUUGGAAGUACUUUGAAUUACUUUGCAUACACUUUCUAUUUAUUUUUUACAUCUUGUGUCUCCCCAUUUGAAUAUAAGCUCCU